AUGCAGCGCGUCAUCGAGGCCGCCUACGUGAUCGGGCCGGGCUACCCCGCUCCAGAGUACGACCCGAGCUACGUGUGCCCGCUGAACGUGGAGCAGGAACACUUCAUCGACCACACGAUCGAGGUGGAGAUAUCGAAGAGCUUCCCAGGGCUGCUGACAAUGUACCACUUGUACACUGUCGAGAUUAUUUGCAGCGGCCUUCCUGGUGUGGACUUCAACACCUUGGAAUACGCGGAGCCUGGGAAGGACGGCGAGCGCAAGCUGAAGUACAUCCACGCUUGGAGCUGGCUGGAGUGGCGAGCGUCCAUGUCGGCACCAGAGCUGGUCUCGCUGUCCACGCGGGUGCCAAUCCGGGCACGCGCCCACGCCGCGCCGGGGGCCGGGACUGGUGUGCGGUGCGGGCUGCUGACUGAGGGCGUGCACGGGCACGGCCACGCCCUCGCCCAGAAGUGCGUCGUUGCCGCUCGAAGGGCGUGA